GAGCCGCCACUUUAGUACAUCCUCUUUGAUCGAGGGAGACGAGAUAGAACAUGUUUAUUGUUAUUUAUUAUUUGAUAAACUUUUGGCCAGUUUUCGCGGUGUGUUCAUUGCAGGAUCGACAAAACGAUUCGUCAGAAAUGGAGUAAAAAAUAAAGUAAUGCAAUAUUUCAAGAAAUAAUAGUUGUUUUGGCAGGUGCUUGUUGCACUCUAUAUGAAAUGAGAUAAUAAAUAAUAACAAUCAGAACUGAAGGAUACUUCUACUAUUAAAAAUAAAUAUUUAAAAAACUACUAAAUCCCACGACUAUCACGAGGAUGGAUCGACGCAGACUCAAGCCGAACCGAGGCCUCCACCAGAGCCUUCUACCUCCCUCGACCUCGACCACCUCUGAGGCCCCAGAAUCGGUGGACAUGUUCAGUUCAUCCCAUCGAACAACCACAUCCUCGCAGAGACAGUCAAGUCUAGAGCUCCUCAGGAAGCGAACGCAGACUCCAACGUCUACUGACGAGAACUCUCCGACCAGCCAGAAGCGGCCGAGGCAGACGGGUGAAUCAAGUUUUCCCUCGAAGAUCCCGAAGCUAGAGAGGGAUGUGGAGAAACAUCAACUUGCCCAAGAUAUGGAGAGAGCGUCCCAAUUAGGCAGGUCCAGCUCCAGACGUGGGGGAAUCGCGUCCGAAGCCCGAAUGAAUCCGAAAGAGAUUCCCCAGGUGUCACAAGGAAGGGAGAAGCGAAGGGAAGUUCCCCAGGUGCCUGAGAGACGAGAAAAUCCGAGGGUAAGCUCUCAGGUGCCUUCCCAGCUGUCCAGCAGACGGGUCACUCCAUCAAAAUCCUUGAGACUCCAUGAGACAUUCUCCCAGAAACCCUCACCCUUGAAAAGUCGCGACCACAGGUCGUUCAAACGUCUGUCGCCUCCAGAGAGUGACAAAGAGAAUCAAAUGUCUAUUUCCAAGUCCCGAACCGCCAGGGCAAUUCUAUCAGACGAUUCAGAUGAGGAACUCCCCAUUCAACGAGAGAAAACACUUCUGGAGAAAUUUCUGGACAAGUCUGGGAUCAAGCCUUCCCUGGAGAGCGAGGAUCAGUACUCGAUAUCAGCGAACCCAGCUAGAGUCGUGAAGAAAAUUCAGGAGGUCCUCUCCAGUGGGGAAUUCACGAAGGCCGCCGUAAUUGAUGACUGGGAGAAGAGUUUAGAAGAUGUCGGUACCAUCAAGAAGUACCUCAACCCCACAGUGAUGGAGCAGGAGACACUGGCGUCCUUGAAUAAUGCAUCUCUAGCCAGGAUCCUUCUCCAAGUCCCUCUCAUCCAGACUGAGGUCCUCAGCUCUCUCUUACGACGCCUGAACGAGGAGGUACUCUGUGCGGAAUCUUUGGAAAACGUUCCCUGGGCAUUUACUCUCCUCUCCCAAUUGCGGUUCCUGGAGAUCGUGGCGGACGCUGACGCUAUGACAACCAGUUUCGAGGAACUGCUGGAGUCCUCUCCGGGAUGGUUCCAGCGAGAGCUCAUUGCCUUUCUCCCUGACAUCGUGACUGAUUCUCAUCAUCAGGGAAUUGCUGACAUACUCUGCAAACUCAUGGAGACUGACAGUGACCUCAAGGGGGUUAUCCUGGGAUGCAUUACCGGCCUGACACUGGGGAAGGAGUACCUCGAGGAGUUGAGAAAUAAAGUCUUGCUGAUUAUGCAGGAGAGCGCUGAAAUUUCCGAAAUUCCUUCAAUGGUGAAGUUCUGCCUUUACGAGUGUCCCAAUGUCGAGGUGUAUCAAAAGGUCCUCAGGGUCGUGAGGGACCUGGAGCUUCAGCCAAAUGAGAAUACGAAUGCUGAGGAGUACUUCACGAGUCAGAUGAUGGUUGUCAAUGCUCUCAAGAUGACGUUUAUCAUGACGAAGACAGCGGCUAAGGCAGCUCUGAACAUCGUCGCAGAAGUCUCCAACGAUAAACCGAAGGCCCUGGAGCUGGUUAUGGUGCUGGUGCUGUGCAGGGACACUUUGAAGAAGAAGUUCGCUGAGAAUGUCUUCAGGAAACACGUCAAGACUGGGUACUACAGGGCAAGUCUUCUGUCCUCUUUCUAUCGUGAUUACGAACAGGUCGCGAAGGACUUCCAGGUAACAGCCCUAAACCUCGCCAGUGGUCUCCUCAAGUCCGAAGAUCAGACCUUUGUGAACUUCGCCAGCGAAUGGUUUAGGUAUCAGUUUAUGGCGCAUAGCAAGGUCUACCUCCUGCAGACCGAGAUAAUCAAUAAAUUGAUACUGCUGAUGGGAAACAAUGAUCAUACUGCUAAGCACGCCCUCUCGGUUCUCUGCAAGAUGACAGAAAAUCCUGAUGAGAAGGAUCAGCUGCAGAGGCAUUGCAAUGAGCUGACAGUACUCAUGGAGAAGAUCGAUAAGUUCGAUUUGGAGGAGGUGGGGACCAUGAACGAUCUGCUCUACGCCCUCUGUGGAAGCUCCAAUAGUUCGGAGGCACUCAGGGACGACCUGUUCAUUCUCCUUCAGAAGCAGCUGUCGAAUACUGAUGCUAUGAUCAAGUGCAAGGGGGUCGUGGCUGCAGUGAUGGCGAUAAAGCAUUUGGUGAGGAAUCAGGAGGAUUUCGGUGUGGCUGGGGAGAUCCUGAAGAAGCUCGAGGUCAGCACGAGAGACUGUCCCCGGGGUAAAGCCCUGUUUUACGACAAAAUAGGACAGAUCAUAGCCAACGACAGAAGCAUAAAUCACGAUUUCGUCAAGGAACUGACCACUGCCUGCGAGGAUACACUCGUCAGCAAUUACAUGACCGAGAGAGAGACUUAUCGAGGAGAUCUGGUCCCCCGUUUUUGUUUGAAUACUACCCAGGAUGAUAGCUCUGAUCCUGACAUGUUCAUUCACUUUGGAGAUAGCAAGUACGCGGCGAUUGCUCCUUGUUUAUUCAGACUUGUGAGGAUUGGGUAUGUUCACAUCAGUGAAAAUCAUGAUCUAGACGAGGUGAGCGCUGUCCUGGGGACUGGCAUUAUGAUGCCCAAGGAUAUGGAUAUUCCUGACACAAGGACUCUGGAUCUAAUGUUCUACUGUAUCAACUGGUACAGGGAAUUGAUCAGUGCUUACAUCACUGAGGAGGGAUCGUUGAUGAAGAAGCAGGUUGUGCAGAGGCUGGAUGAUCUCAUGUUGCUGCAGGGGGAACUCAGCAGUUUACUACCUCUGGCCGAGCCCAGGUAUCAGCCACCUCCCUGCUACUUCCACAAGUUUCCACCCCCAGCGUUCAAUCGAAUGGAGAAAAAAGUAGGUAAAAAGGCUGGUAAGAAGAAGGAUUCUGAUAAGAAUACAACAGCUGCUGGGACCAUUCCUGAGUGGGAGUCUUGGGAGAAUGGCUCCCUCAUGACCAUCAAGAACCCCAUGUACUUCAGAAGACUCGAUGCCACUAUCGUCCACUUCCUGGACGCCGAGAUCAGCAGCGACUUGACUCCAAGACACGUUUGCUUCAUCGUCAAGGAAUUGUCCUCGAUGCUGGACGACGACAGCAUCGCCAAUCAGAACUUCAUCAAGCAACUCGUGGAGCUGCUUCCCAAGAUCAUGACGAAGCUGAAUCACUUGGUUAACGAAUUGAGGAAUGACGAUGAUAUCCAGCAGAAGCAGGCCGUCUGGCUCAUUCUUUCGUUACUCGGUAAAAUCUUCAACUGGAAGGGUUUCGACUCCGCCACACAUUGGGGACUCCUCAGGGCAGGGCUCAGGGUUCUCGCUGGACAGGCGGAUGAAGCUAACAGAAAUCUCAAGUACUCGAGGGAACUGGUGGCUGCGGCUUACGACUACUUUGAGACUCUGAUCGAUGUCGCCAGGCAAAUUCCUGUGGCUCAUGCUCUUGUCAACGUGUGCAAAACUUUGAUGAAACACUCGGAGACCUUCACUCGAGAGCAGAAGGACAGGCAAGCCAAGAUGGCUUAUACAUUUUUGUGCGUAGAGUGGGCUGAUGACAAACACCUGGGGAGCCUUUACAAAGCCGCUGUAAUUGGGCUGCUAAAGGACUGGAUGGAUCAUGAGCCGAAUGCUUUGAGAACGGUUUCUGAGACUCUUGAGUGGCUUCCAGAAGAGGUGGAAAAAAUGGAGAGAACCACUGAUAAACUAACAAAACUCCCAACGAUCAACCGGGGAAACUUCCAUUAUCUCUUCCAAAAGCUCCUGGAAGGGCUUUUCAAAGGGGCAAAGGUCUCAUUGGCAGAUGCCCAGGGGGAAGUGCAGAAACUCCAGGUCUGGAAGGCUGUUGGAAAGAAUGUCCAGGUGUUGGUGAAAGUCUGCAAGACCAUUCCCACUCGGGGGACUCUGCUUAGUUACCUCAGACUCAUGCCGAAUAUCCUGAAGAUGCUUCUCAACGUGGGAAUGCACACGCUGGAGCACAAUCUCAGGUAUCAACCUGAGGAGGUCACGGGCAUUCUCAAGAUGAUGCAGAUGGGUACGAGGUAUCUCAAUGCUGUCUGCUGUCACAGCACUGAGAGGAAGGAUAUGGCUCUGACCAAGCUCAUUCCAACGGCCAAGAUUAUUCUCGAGCAGUUGGUGUACAGUGUCAAGGGGAUGCUUGUUCUGAACAAUAGCUCCACUGCUUUCUGGAUGGGAAAUCUCGUGAAUAAGAAUUUGGAUGGACAAGAAAUUCUCUCUCAAAAUUCGACAACUUCUGAAGAGCCCACCAUUCCAGACAUCAGCGCUGAUAACAAUGUGUCGAGUGGAGAUGAGUCAGAGUCUGAUAUCCUUGAAGACGAUGAUGAUAUCAGUGAUACUAAAGAUGGGUCUAUUGAUAGCUAAUUUUCGACGUUUUGUAAAAUAUUUCUUUGGGUAUAAGUGGAGGGUACUCAGACGUCGAAAUUAGUAAUCUCUAGUUUGAGUUGACGGUUUAAGAUGUGAGGGGAUUAUCUUUCGAACACAAUUUAAAUUAACUUUCCUUAGGCCUGGAGCCUUUACAACUUACAAUUAAAAACAUAUGGAAAAAGCUAAACAGUCUUAAAGAGCAGAAAAAUAGAGGAACUUAUUAAUUAAUUAUUCGAUGUAUAUAAUACUUAAUCGAGAUCAAAAGCUCUCUUCACAAAUGUUUUUUUAUUUCGGCUGUUAAAAAUUAUUUUACAUAAAAUAUUUGACAUUUACAUAAAUAUUUGAGAUUAUAAAAUAUUUUUCAUUGCGGAACAUGGGAAACCCAUCGAGAUAAUGCUCGAUAGACCCCCCCCCCCAUUUCUUAAUUAAACAAUGUCAUUCGAGAGAUGUAAUAAAAUGCUGACGACUCCACGUUUUAUCCUCGUUCAUAGUCUCCUCGACAAAUGUGACUCUGUCUGAUGCGUCUACAAGUAUCACAGUGUGUGUUCUCGUACCAUAAUUACGCCCCUCUGACCGCACAAAUAUCGAGCAGAGAGCUUCGCUCUCUUCCUGGUGGAUCUCCUCCAUUACAUCGUCCGGUAAAUGCCUAAAUUUCGGGCAAAAUGGCCCAAUUAUUCCGUUGUAUGUCUUAUUUCAUUGUGUUUGGUCUACUCACUGCUCGUUCGACUUGAGGAACUGGAUGAGCUUCUCAAUGAGCACCUUCUCCUGAACAUCUUUGGAGUCGUCGAUGAUUUUCCUGAAUUGUUCCUUUCCAUGUAUCACUUUUUUGUAAGGCGUCUCCACUGAUGUGUUACCGAAACCCAGAAUUGUAUCGGUUACGGAGAGUUCCGGCCCUUUGCAGGUCCUGGAACUGCUUAAGAAGCUGACGUCAGCUGUUCUGGAAAAAAAUAAUUUACAUCCGAAAAGAGGAUGAAUUAUUAUUGUUAAAUGAUUUCUGACUCUGGAGAUCUUUAGAAAUAUAAUUAGCUGAGAGAGAGGUCUCUUCUUUUUGUAAUAUUUUGUAAUCAAUAAAAGAGACGAAUUGUUUUUGUACCGAAAGAACUAUUCGCCGAAAAAUAUAAAUCGUUAUCAGAAUCAGAA